GAAGAUAACGGCAAACAUUCAACCCAUAGUUUUUUUUUUUUCAUUCGCUCUUUUGUUUUUGCUUCUUUUUUCUCAUUAUUUAUAUGAAAAUAUGAUUACCUUUGAAUUGUGAUGAUUGUUUGCAACAGAAACAACACAAGGUGCUGCACAGUAGUAACAUGGAUAUACACUCCGUUUUGUGGUUUAAGCAAAUUUCAUUAGCAUACAAUCAUGGUGGCGCUCUUUUCUGCUUAUCUCGUGCAACUGGUAUCAAACGUAGUAAAAAACCCAACUUUCUUAAUUCCUCAAAUCGCUUGAUUCGAAACAAGGGUGUUAAAGAAGUGGGUUCAGAAUUUGAUACCAAAAAAGUGCUUUUUAAGUGCCCUGAUGAUCCUAGAUUUGGGGAAGAACUUCCCAGUGAAAUGUACAGCCAAUUAAUUAGCCAAUGUUGCAAAGAGGGAGACUUGGAUAAAGCUCUGUCACUUCUUGCUCAAAUGGAAGCUAAGGGGUUUAAGCUUGGUUCAUUAUCUUAUACCUAUCUGAUUGAAGCCCUUGGAAUUGUUGGAAGGACUUCAGAGGCUGAUAUGUUGUUUAAGGAAAUGAUUUGUUAUGGGUGUAAACCCAGAUUGACUUUGUACAACAUUUUGCUCAGAGGGUUCUUGAAGAAAGGUCUGUUAGGACUUGCAAAUGAGCUAUUGCAGGAAAUGGAUGAUUCUGGCAUAUGGAGGAGUCAAGAAACAUAUGAGAUCUUUCUGGAUUACUAUGUUAGUGCAGGAAGGUUGGAAGAUACUUGGUCAACAAUCAAUGAGAUGAAACGAAAGGGGUUUCCACUUAACUCAUUUGUGUAUAGCAAGGUUGUUGGGCUUUAUAGGGACAAUGGGAUGUGGAAGAAAGCAAUAAAGAUUCUGGAUGAGAUCAGAGAGAGGGGAAUUUCUUUAGACUCGCAUAUUUAUAACAGUCUUAUUGAUACAUUUGGCAAGUAUGGUGAAUUAGGUGAAGCAUUGAAUUUGUUUAAGAAAAUGCAAAAAGAAGGUGUAAGGCCUAAUAUUGUGACAUGGAAUUCCCUGAUUAAGUGGCACUGCAAAGAGGGUGAUAUCACCAAAGCCCUUCAUUUGUUUACUGAUAUGCAAGAGCAAGGAUUAUAUCCUGACCCGAAGAUCUUUGUCACCAUUAUUAGCUGCUUGGGGGAGCAGGGAAAGUGGGAUAUAAUAAAGAAAUAUUUUGAAAGCAUGAGGCGCAGGGGAAAUAAAAAAUAUGGGGCUGUUUAUGCUGUUUUGGUUGAUAUUUAUGGACAAUAUGGGAAAUUUCAGAAUGCUGGGGAGUGUGUACAAGCACUAAAGUCCGAAGGUCUGCUACUUUCACCGAGCAUUUUUUGUGUGUUAGCAAAUGCUUAUGCUCAGCAGGGCUUAUGUGAACAGGCCAUCAGGGUGCUGCAGAUCAUGGAAGCGGAGGGAAUCGAACCAAAUAUUGUUAUGCUCAAUAUGUUAAUCAAUGCAUUUGGUAAUGCUGGGAGAUAUAUGGAAGCAAUAUCUGUUUAUCAUCAUAUAAAAGAAAGUGGAGUUAGCCCUGAUGUGGUCACCUACACUACGCUUAUGAAGGCAUUUAUACGGGCCAAAAAGUUCGAUGAGGUUCCCAUUAUUUACAAGGAAAUGGAGUCUGAUGGAUGCACUCCUGAUAGAAAAGCUCGACAGAUGUUACAAGCUGCAUUAUCGGUGCUUGAACGAAGGAACUUUGGAAACAAAUAUAUUUAACCAAGGGAUUGGAACUGUGGAAGCCAUUCACUGGUUCAUGAUUAUCUGGAAUUUGAACGAGCAUUGCUAAAUCCAUGGUGAGCUUUGUACUGAUUUUGUUAUUGGAUGUGAUGAUAUGUACUGGAUUAGCUGGAGACCGGUUUGUAGAAACAAGAAUUGAGGUCUUCAACAAUGUCCUCCCUUGCUGAUGAAACAGGGAUGACAGUUGAUGCAGAAUGAGAUCCCUCAUGUCUAGAGUGUUGAAAGUGCAGUACUUUUUAUUUAUGUCAUUUCUAUAACUUAAGGAGGGCAGUGUCCAUCAUGGGUGUGGCAGAGUCUCCUUGAAGGUUGAAAGGUGCUGGAAAAUGGAUUGAGAUGGACAUUUGGGGUUUGUAAAAUGGUUGCUAAUCUCAUCCAUUUACGAGACCAUGUUUCCUUUCCUGGAGAAGUCCAAAGAAGGUUCUUCAUGUGAUAUUAUUGAUCAUGAUAUUAAAGAGUGGGAUGUUAUUAGCUGCAAAAGAUGUAAUGAUGUGCCAUCUUUGGCUAAUUAUUGGAUGGGAAUAUGGGAAUUGGCAUCAUAAUUUACAGAGCAAGGAAAGUCUAAAGUUAGCUCAGGAUAGCAUCAACUGCUUUUUCUCACCAUUAAUGUUGAGAGAUAGUUCACCCACACAAGGAAAUACAGUAAUCAUGUCCAAGUUUUGUCUUCAUGGAGAGUGGAGUGUUAGAGUUGUAAAUUCAGCCUGUGGCAUUUUUCUUAUUUUUUGAAAUUCACUAUACAUUAUUUUGAGGAGUUUCUUCUUAGCCAGAAGUUGGUUGAAGACCAUGAGUUUUUGUGGGGCUGUGG